AUGGCAAUUUUUACUGAUCUCUUUCCCUACGCCGUCAUCGUGCCCGUGCUUCCCUAUGCACUCCCAGAGCGCACAGGCGUCCCAGGAGAUCAAGUGCAGCGGUGGAUGUCUGUAUCGCUGGCGGCAUUCGGCGCCUCCGUUUUGGUAUUCUCGCCAAUAUGGGGGUUCCUCGCCGACAGGAUAUCAAGUCGACAAGCGCCGAUGCUUGCAGGCCUCUUCCUCCUCGGAGCGUCAACCCUACUACUCACACUGAUGAACAGCGUCGCCAUGAUGGUGGUCGGCCGUGUCCUGCAGGGCAUGACGGGCGCCUUGACCUGGGCUGUCGGCUUGGCCCUCGUCGUCGACACGGUCGACCCCAAACACAUCGGCCAGGCGAUGGGUUGGAUAGGGACAUCGAUGAGUUGGGCUGCCCUUUCGGCGCCGUUACUAGGAGGAGUCGUGUAUGGAAAAGGCGGCUGGUACCAGGUGUGGGCCAUGUGCUACGCCCUCAUCGCCGGCGACAUCGUAUUGCGGCUCGUCAUCAUCGAGAAGAAGCGCGCCAAGAAGUGGCAAACGGUCGAAUGCAAGCCGGUCUCCCGGAGCACAACCGAGGACAAGGAGAAGGAACAGCCCUCGUCGGAGUCGAUCGGCCGAGAUCCCGAAGCAUCGCUGGCGCCCGCCCCAGGCACAGGGCAGGUCACCUUUCGUGGUAUACUCAGGAUGUUGAAGAAUCCCAGGCUCAUCGCCGCAUUCUGGGGUUGUGUGGUGGAGUCGUCCAUCCAGACGGCGUUCGAUGCCAUCAUUCCGCUCCAGGUAGAAACCCUCUUUGGCUGGGAUUCGAUCGGAGCUGGACUCAUAUUCCUGCCUUUCAUCAUACCGACCUUCCUUAGCCCCGUAGCAGGGUCGCUGGGGGACCGAUACGGCGCAAAGUGGCUGACCACUUUUGGCUUCUUCCUCUCAACGCCGUUCCUCAUUUGCCUGCGGUUCGUCUCAGAGAAUACGAUACAGCACAAGAUCAUGCUCUGUGGACUCUUGUUCGGGAUCGGCCUCGGGAUAACAUGCACCAUGGGCCCUCUGAUGGCAGAGAUUAGCUGGUCGAUGAAGGACAACAGGGAUGAGUCGCUGAUGGAACGGGAGCCAAUUGCUCUUGCAUACGCACUGUACAACGUCGCGUAUGCUGCUGGCUGCAUGAUCGGUCCGCUCCUGGGAGGCUUCAUCAGGGACCAGCACGGCUGGCCCACGGUAGGAUGGGCCCUGGCCAUCCUGACGUUCUUUACGGGCGUCACUCAGCUCCUGUGGAUAGGCGGCCCGCUGAAGCUGCGAAGACUGAACCAGGCGCAGGCUGUCGGGGCAUUGUGA